AUGGAGGGUUACAAAGUGUUUUAUACUACACAGCCAAAUCUGCCAACUUCUGCUUGGAAUUCUCAAACAGUAGACAAUAAUCAUUUAACAACAAUAAGUGAUUUAACACCACGUACUAUUUACACAAUACGCAUUCAAGCUUUUACUAGUCGUGGUCCUGGACCACUUUCAGCUCCAGUACAAGUAAAAACACAACAAGGUGUUCCUAGUCAACCAAGUAAUCUUCGUGCUGUGGCUACAUCCUCAACUACAGUCCAGUUAACUUGGACUCAACCUUCACAUUCUGGUGAGAAAGUAAUUGGAUAUGAAUUAUAUUGGAAUGAUACAUUCACCCAACAUCAAUAUCAUAUAAGUAUUCCUGAUGUGGAGACUUAUAAAUUAAGUGACUUAUACCCAGACACAACUUACUAUGUUUGGGUUGCUGCCAAAUCUCUGCAAGGGGAGGGUGCAGCAACACCACCUGUACCUGUUAGAACAGAACAGUAUGUGCCCGGCGCCCCUCCCCAAGAUGUUACUGGCUCUGCUCUAGACUCCCGAUCCUUACGCAUCUCCUGGAAACCCCCUCCCCGUGAUCAACAGAAUGGUGCCAUCAUCAUCUAUAAGAUCAACUACCUCAAAGCUGAUGCUGGAGAUGAUUUGGCUCUCACCCAUGAAGUCGAGGUGGGUCCCAACGAAAGAUCAUAUGUCAUUGGUGGGCUGGAGAAAUGGACUGAGUAUCGCGUAUGGGUACUUGCAGGCACUUCUGUAGGUGAUGGCCCACCUUCUCCACCAAUUAUUGUCAAGACAGACGAAGAUGGUAUGUAUAUCACCUUUCCCCUCCUUGUAUUUCCUUAUAAAUUAAUUUAAACUUUCUCACAAAAAAUAUAAAUCAUGCAAAGAAAUAUUAAAUAAAAGCAUUUGUACUGUAGAUAUAGUGUAAGCUUUCAACAACCAAUUUUUCUUGAUGAUUUUUUGUGGGAAAGUUAAAUACCAUAUCCUAGCUUCAAAUCAAUGCACAAAUGCAUGUUGCAUGAUUAUUGUUUUUGAAUGUUUCCUCAAACCUAACCUUCCCUUUAUAGAUCAUCAGCUGGCAACUCUAUGCCAUAUUGUGUUCCUUUUAUCACUUCUGUCUUUUAUCAACAGGUCAACUGGAUACUGAAUGGAAAACAAGCAGACUGUCUUUCUGUUUUCUGUUUCUGUUAUUAUCUUCCUGUCUUUAAAUGUUGUGAAACCUAAUUGGUUGAAUCCAGAGGCAUUUCUAGAAUAAAAAUUUUUAUUUUAUUAUAUAAUUUAAUUUUAGGAAUAAAAAUAAUGGUUUUCUAGUAAUGUCUCUGAGCAUAAUUUAUUGUAGCAAUUUUGGUGUUAAAUGUCAUUACAGUUACAAGCUUACAGAGGAAACAGGUAAAAGAACUAAAUAAGUAAUGCAUAUAAAAAUUCAUGUCUUCACUUGAAAUGUUAAUUAUGUUUAUUGAACAAGAGAGUGUAUAAAUAUAGAAAUAUUGCUAA